UGUGUGAGAGAGAAAGAGCGAGAGGGGGAGGAGCGUUGUCAUCGAGAUGUCCUUCAUCUGAGCUCGAGGGAAGAGUGCGUUCAGAUCCAACCGGAGAAAAUCUGAACACAGAUCAUCACAUCAGAGUCUCAGGUAAAAAUGGCCGUGUCCAUAGCUCUGCUCGGCCUCGCGCACGUCGUGAGUCUAUUGGCUGCCAAUGUGAUCAGUCAUGAAGGGGCGUGUCUGCAAGACGGUCAUCACAAGGCAACGCCCAGUCCAGAGCCACACCUGCAGGAGUGCUCGCUCUACAGAGAGAAUUCAUGUUGUUCUCAGAGUCACGUUCAGGAUCUCUCUGGAUCUGUGGAAGAUUCUGUCUGGAAUAAAUGUGGUCUCCUGUCUCCACCCUGCAAGUCUUUCCUAAAGCGUGUUGUCUGCUUUCACCGCUGCUCGCCUGAUGCCGCUCGAUGGCCACACCCACACCGUGACUCCUCCCUUAAGGCGGUGCCUCUGUGCCACAGCUUCUGCAGAGACUGGUUCGAGGCGUGUAAAGCAGACAUGACGUGUGCUCGGGACUGGACUGCUGAUCCACGAGGUCUGAACUGUACCGGUGGAUGUGUGCCGUACCAGCAGAUGUAUCAGCAUGGACGAGACCUCUGCGAGGGUCUUUGGGGAGAUGCUUUCGUGACGGUUGAAGAUGACCCCGGGGAGGAGGACGGGGUCGAGGGUCACAGCUGCGGUUGUCUGACUCUCAGUCCCUCAGAUGGAGAGGUGAUGGCGGCUCUGAGAGUUCAGCAGGGUGACCCGGAGGAACUGGACACAACCAAGAGCGACCUGCCCCAAUACAGAGCCCCCUGCCCCCCCACACAGCCCGACACACCUCACACCCGCAGGAGAAACAGUGUGAUGCGCAAACGCUCUGUAGUGACCAGUGAUGUGGAGGGGAGCGGGAGUGGAAUGAUCUAGAUCAAUGUUGCUAUUAUCAACGUACUGGAGAACAAGAUAGAAACCACUAUAACAUAAAACACCACACACUAGAUUGAGCACAACAAAGCGUCAUAUAAUACAAACCCCCUUACAUGCUUCACAUGCACGCAAAAACAUUUGUAUCUCUCAAUAAGAAUGCAUAACAUUACAGAAGUGAAAUGAGUUAAAAGUGCAGAUUCAUUUAUGAAGUGUUUGUUUGAAAGCACAUCAGUUCAUUUAUUGUAAUAUCAUGAGCUUUCUGAACUGAUUUUCAUGAUCAAUAAAACCAUAUCACACUUGGACACACAUGUGUUUAUCUGUAACUCGUCUGUAAAUGUCCUGACCGGAGUAUUAAAUGAGAGAGUAUGUUUAGAGUAUUCACUCUCACAUGACAGUAUGUGAGAAUAUUGUGUUUGACUGGAUGUGUUUUGACAGUCUUUAACAUGAGAAUGCUUGUGAUUUGGUUGUGUCAAUGAAUAGAUGUCUGAACAUGAGGUGUUAGGUGUUUUCUGACUAUUACAAGUUUCUAAUGAUGUUUUAAAACUUAGAUCGAAAGAAAUAAAAUGUGUUUUUUAAAGUUCAAA